AUGAUUGAAGAUAACAAAGAUCCCGAGAUGAAGCGAACCGAUGCUGCGCGAGAAUCACUUGCGUCCGAUAGUGAACUACGAAAACGAAAUAUGAAAACGAAACGUGAACCGGGCCAUCGUAUUUUCGUCAAUCGAAGUUUGCAAUUAGAUCGAAUUCGGUUCUACGGUUUCGAUAUGGAUUAUACAUUAGCUUUGUAUAAAUCUCCUGAAUUUGAAGAGCUUACGUUUCAGUUGGUAACCGAAGAAGUCAUCGGACUGGGCUAUCCAGAAGAAAUCCGACAAUUUAUUUACGACCGCACAUUUCCGCUCCGUGGCCUCUGGUAUGAUAAAUUAUACGGAAACUUUCUGAAAGUCGAUGCGUACGGAAACAUUCUUACUGUGGUUCACGGCUUUCGAUUUCUUACGGGCCACGAAGUUCGUGAAAUCUAUCCAAACAAAUACAUCGUUUGUGAUGAUCGUGUGUAUGUACAUUACACACUUUUCAAUUUGCCAGAAAUCUAUCUCAUGGCUUGUUUAAUCGAUUACUUCUCCACCAUGGCUACUUAUGUUGAAGAUCGAACAGCUGUUGAAUUUGGUGGAAAUAUUCUCUCAUUUCGUGCGAUAUUCAAUGAUGUUCGAAAUUCAGUUGAACGUGUUCAUGGCAAAGGCAAACUCAAAGAAAUGGUUACUCAAGAUAUUGAAAGAUACGUUCAUAAAGAUACACAACUACCCGUCCUUUUGGAUCGUAUUCGCUCUCACAAUGCAAAAACAUUCUUAUUAACAAAUAGUGAAUACUGGUAUACAGAAAAGCUAAUGACCUAUCUGUUGAAUAGCGUUCAAAAUAACGUUGAGCGCGAUUGGAAGUCUUACUUUGAUUUUAUCAUUGUUGAUGCUCAAAAACCGUUGUUUUUUGCCGAAGGCACAACACUAAGAAUCAUCGAUCCUCAAACAGGUAGCAUGAAGUUGGGCUCUUAUUCAGGCCAAUUACAACAAAACGAAGUCUACAGUGGCGGGUCUUGUGAAGUCGUUUCGAAAUUAAUCGGUUCGAUGGGCAAAGAUGUUUUAUAUGUCGGUGAUCAUAUAUUUGGUGAUAUCAUUAAAUCGAAAAAGCAGAAAGCCUGGCGAACGAUGCUUGUUGUGCCUGAGUUAAACCAUGAGCUGAAAGUUUUCCAUGAAAAACGUGAAAUAUUUAAUACAUUGGAAUCAUUGGAUACAUCGAUUAGUGAAUUACUGCGAUCAUUCGAUAUGACUGCGAAUCAUGGGCCGGAUGCAGUAAACAGAAUUAAACAAAAGAUACAGCAAUGUACUCAUGAAUUGGAUAUGAACUUUGGUCUUUUGGGUUCUCUUUUUCGAACAGGCUCUCGACAAACGCAUUUUGCAUCACAAGUAACACGAUUUGCUGAUAUUUAUGCGUCAACAGCAGUCAAUCUCGUCUAUUAUCCAUUCUUUUAUUUCUUUCGUGCUGUGCCUCAACUCAUGCCUCAUGAAUCAACUGUCGAUCCCGAAGAGCCAAUGCGUUUUCAAUCGUGGGGUGACGAUUCAUCGCAGCACAAUGCACCUGAUCGUCGUCGUUCAACAUUCGAUCAGAAUGUUACACCUAUGCCUCGCUUCAAUCAUUCAUUAUCCAUGCAAGUGUCCCCCGACUUACCUCUUUACGUUACACAUGACCACGAUGCUGAUGAAGAUCCUGAUGACAAUAAAGCAGACUGGAAUGAUCAGGACUUGGUGUUCGAUCUUCGCUCGAAAAUCACAUAUACUCCACCAAAGAAAUAA